AUGCAACCUUGUGUGUGUGCACAGGAAGACUUGAUUGGUGUGGGGUGAGGAGAGAGAGACUGAGAGAGAGGGGAGGCUACCCUCUUCAAAGGACCUCUCAGACUCUACACGUUAAUGAGGGAUUUAGACCCUGAAGCCCUCAGACCCUGACAGCUACACACAGGCAGAAGGACGAGCACACAAACAGACGGACAUACACAGAAAAAUACAUACUUUUUGGGUUUGAAAUGACGUGGCGUGAGCUACGAAGUCGGCAGUUCUGGUGCGCCAUCCUUGCUGAGCUGCUCGGCACCAUGAUCCUAGUGAGCGCUGUGCUGGGGGCCUCUGUGCCGGGCCCGGGAGAGGCCUCCACGGGACCCCUGUACCCAGCAGUGGCAGUAGGGGUGUCAAUUAUUACGCUGUCACACUGCUUUGGAGAAAUAAGUGGGGCACAGGUGAACCCUGCAGUGACUCUGGCUCUGUUGGCCACUCGCAGGCUGGAUGUUCUCAAGGCCGUUGUUUAUAUCGCUGCACAGUGUUUGGGGGCCACUUUAGGAGCCGGGGCCCUCUACCUGGCCCUGCCAGUCAAAUCCACUGCAGACAUCUUCGUCAACAGGGUUCCCAUCGAGCUGAAUGCAGCCCAGGCUCUGGGCAUGGAGGUGUUGUGCACCUUCCAGAUGGUCUUCACCGUGUUCUCAGUGGAGGAUCAGCGACGGAGGGAAAGCACAGAACCAGGAAACCUCGCCAUAGGAUUAGCCCACACUGCUGGAGUGCUAAUAGGGGGGCGCUUCUCCGGUGCCAGUAUGAACCCUGCACGCUCUCUGGGUCCAGCCAUCAUCACGGGUCUAUGGGGAGACCACUGGGUUUAUUGGCUUGGCCCGGUGAUGGGCUCCAUACUGGCCGGAGUGUCCCACGAGUUCUUCUUUGCACGCAGCGCCUCUCGCCAGAAGUUUAUGGCAUGUCUGACCUGUAAGGACAUCGAGAUUGUUGAGGCGGCCAGCAUCACGGGAUCGUCUCUGUCCACAGUCACACAGAACGCCAUCAGAGCCAAACAGGCCAACAACUGAGGACACAAGCAUGAAGAAACACAUACAUACAUACCCCUAUACACACACACACAC